ACUUUACGUCGUACAGUACCAGCCUGAAAUACUUUAUCAGUUAUGGAUGAGAUCCAAUGAUGUCAGUCGCGUUUAAAAUGUCAACAGCAAAAUGAAAUUAUAUCUCGCUUUUAUUGUGAUAAUUAUUUGUUCUUUAUGGAAUCGAAACAACGGUUUAGUGCAUGCUAGCACAAACAGAAGUACCGAUCAACAGUUGGAGUACAGGCCUGACGGUCCUCUAGUUAUGUGCAAAUUUUUACCCAAAGAAUUUAUAGAAUGCGAGGACCCGGUUGAUCACAAAGGGAAUAAGACUGCCAAGGAAGAAACUGGUUUUGGUUGUGUCAAGUUUGGAGGGUCUCGUUAUGAGGAUGUUGAGAAAACUAAAGUAUCUUGUACAGUGCUGCCAGAUAUUGAAUGUUACGGACCAAGAACAUUUUUUCGUGAAGGUGUACCAUGUAUAAAGUACAGCGAUCAUUAUUUUGCAACAACUCUUCUGUAUAGCAUCCUGCUGGGGUUUCUUGGCAUGGAUCGGUUUUGUCUUGGACAAACUGGGACAGCAGUAGGCAAAUUAUUGACAUUAGGUGGUAUGGGUGUAUGGUGGAUCGUUGAUGUCAUCCUACUGGUAACAAACUCUUUACAACCAGAGGAUGGUAGCAAUUGGAAUCCAUACGUAUAGCAUUUUAAGAUGUCAAGUCUUUCCUUUUUGUAAUAUAUAAUUUAUAACUCAUUAUGAAUUUGUAAAUAUUGUUAUAAUGCACUAGUGUCCAUAUCUAUAUUAUCGCCAAUAUUGACUUUUAUAUACAUCUAAAAAUAAAUGUUGAUUUCUAUUUA